AGCAACAAGGCAAGACUGUGUAUUCAUCAGUCUAUCACAUAUAACCUGUUAAGUGCGGUAAAGUUAGUUUUAUAUUUGACAUUCGUUUAACAUAAGCGACAAUACCCAUUAAACUCUCCGUGCCUAUAACAUUUUCAACCCAAACUAACUUGGACAUGCAUGAAUAGGUUUUCUUUGCCUAGCACAAAGCUGAAUUUUAAAAGUUUUUUUUUUUUUUUUUUUUCCAUAUCGAUUUUAUUAAUUUCUGAGUGUUUUGCAGUUGGUUUUAUGUCUCUAGGUCAAACUGUCAUUGAGUUUAAUAGAUUUAUAGGGAUCAUUGACUGUGUAUAAAAAGUACUGAACGUUUGACCACGAGUCAUUGUAAAGUAAUGCAUGUAAUAAUGUAGUUUCUGUAUGAAGAUAGUUGGCAGAGACGGUGUUUGUGAUUAUCUGAGUGGUUAUUAUAGACAGAUAAUAGUCGGUGUCAGUAAAGUAUGCAAGAGUCAGUCCAAGCGGAACCGGACACCCUCCUCGGUCUGUCUGUGGCUCCGGUCAGGGAUCGAGUCCAGUUAACCCGAAUGCAAAUGGCGUCCGCCGGGCCACCAGACACGGGCUUCUCUGCCCCUCCAGGGUCCAGCGGAGUUCGAAAGAUGACUGCAACAGAGGGUCCAGGAUCAUCUCAGAGUAUGAAGAAGACCAUUGGUCACCGGGGAGUUGAUCCCACAGGGGAAACGACUUACAAAAAGGUCCAAUGAAAUGAGGAAGCGGGGAACAGCGAUUCCAACUCAGACGCCCUCCUCCGCCCUUAAAGGUGCCAUCCAGUUGGGCAUCACGCACACGGUGGGCAGCCUCAGUCAGAAAGCCGAGAGAGACGUCCUCAUGCAGGACUUUUAUGUAGUGGAGAGCAUCUUCUUCCCCAGUGAAGGAAGUAAUUUGACUCCAGCACAUCACCACGGUGACUUCAGGUUUAAGACCUACGCUCCAAUCGCCUUCCGCUACUUCAGAGAACUCUUUGGCAUUCGACCUGACGACUAUCUGUACUCUCUGUGUAACGAUCCCUUAAUCGAACUCUCCAACCCUGGAGCGAGUGGAUCAAUAUUUUAUGUCACUAGCGAUGAUGAGUUCAUCAUUAAAACAGUGCAGCACAAGGAAGCAGAAUUCCUGCAGAAACUGCUGCCCGGAUACUUCAUGAAUUUGAAUCAGAACAAGCGGACGUUGCUUCCAAAGUUUUACGGCUUGUAUUGCGUGCAGGCGGGUGGAAAGAAUAUCCGUAUCGUGGUAAUGAAUAACCUCUUGCCGCGCAGUGUGCCUAUGCACCUCAAAUAUGACCUUAAGGGUUCCACAUACAAGCGACGUGCCUCCCCUAAAGAGAGAGAGAAGACCGUCCCUACUUACAAAGACCUGGACUUCAUCCAGGACAUGCCCGAGGGCAUCCAACUAGAACCAGACAACUACAACGCCCUCUGCAAAACCAUCCAGCGAGACUGCCUGCUUCUGCAGAGUUUUAAGAUUAUGGACUACAGUCUGCUGGUGGGGAUCCAUAACGCGGAUCAGGCAUCUCGUGAGAGAAUGGGUGUGGUGGAGGGCGGGGUGACAGAGGGAGCCGUGACACCGGACCACAGGAGACCGCAGGCUCAGAAAGCUCUAUACAGCACAGCCAUGGAGUCCAUACAGGGAGAGGCCAAAGGGAAAGGAACCCUGGAAACAGAGGACCAAUGUGGAGGAAUCCCAGCACGCAACAGCAGAGGAGAGAGGAUUCUGGUUUAUAUUGGGAUCAUCGACAUCCUGCAGUCGUACAGAUUUAUUAAAAAAAUAGAGCACUCCUGGAAGGCUUUGGUCCAUGAUGGGGACACAGUCUCUGUGCAUCGGCCAGGAUUCUAUGCUGAGCGAUUCCAACGUUUCAUGUGCAACACAGUUUUUAAGAAAACACUAAAGUCAUCCCCGUCAAAGAAGAGUCGAGGAGGUUGUUCCAGUGUUGUGAGACGACUUCCUGUGGGUAUCGGUGCUCCUGCCCCCAGUGGACAGACGGUCGCUGACGCCAGACUCGUGUACCGUACUCAUCUUAACCAGGCUGAUACAGAAGGAGAGAGCAAUAUGCAGCCAGGCAGACCUGACCUGCUCCCACAGAUGGAUCCUUUGGCUGGAAGCUCCAGUGAGUUUGCAGUGACAAAUCUGUCCAACUCCUUACCGGGCAGCACAGGAAGGACAUCAUCAUCAUCGCCUCCUCAAAGGUCAGUAGGAGUGGAGGUGCAUAAAUCUGCUACCACAGAGCCUGACAACAACGCCCCCUUCAGCACUGGAGCUGAAUGCUUUGAUGGGCAGUUAAACAAUGAAGACGCCAUUUCACUUAAAGUCAUCAUCCCAGAAACUGACAUUUGUUUUUAAAAGCAGAGCAGACUUAUUACAGAGGCGAAUUUGAACAGAAGAGAUGAGUGCACAGAAACUCAAGGAAGAUGAUGGGUGCCUCUGAGCGCUGGUAUGAAGGGGUUUUUUCUCUGAAUGGGAGCUUUGGAAAGAACUACGGGUGCUCAGCACAAGAGAUAAUGAGAUAUAUUUUAUAGAAGAGAGAAAGAGAGGGAAUAACAAGAAAGCCACAGAUGAAAUUGGUUUGAUGGCUUUCCUCUCUCUUUCUCUAACCGCACAGGUGAUGCUGCUAAAGAUCUUUUUAACCACAAACUUUAAACAAAAUCAUGAGAAAUGAUGUUAGUUCUCAGUCUCACAUUUACCACACUUGCUCUCAAAACAGAGCAUGCAGAAAUGCACAAACUAAUUUUCUUAGCCUAGUGCUGGGAGAAGACACACAUAUAAAACAUGCAGUUAGUCAGCACCACUUUAUAUUAUUCUGGAUUUGGAGGCUUUAUUCAGGAUAUCUGUUGCAUAAAUCUUUAUUAGUGUAGCUCUUUAUUUAUAUAGGUCUUUAAACCUGUAGAUUCUCUCUGAACUGGUGUGUCUUGGAUUAAUGGCUGCUAGCGGUCUAGUGUAUUGAUCUCAGAACACAACUUUUGCUUUAUGCUGUGAUGUUGUGUGUGUAGAAAGAUAAUUUUUUUGCUUAUUUUUCUUCAGUCAUGCCUAUAUAUACUUGAGAAGGCUAAUGAUGACUUUUUCAUUUUUUGAGUUAAACUGAUGAGAGCAUCUCAUUGGUGGGAUUUUCAGCUCUUUCUGCAUUGAGACAGCAUGUGCCCUUGAAUAGACAAAAACUGACCAAAUAUGAUUCCCACUUUGUUAGAAAUGCAUUUGAAUGUUAUAGAUAAGCAUUUAUAAUAGAGUAUCUUCUAUAAGGUCCUGCAUAGAUGCCUAGUAUUUCAUGGUGGGUGCCAAUGUUUCUUCCAUGAUUGCCUUCUGUAUUUAAGGUGCCACUCAGUUGAUUUAGUUCUUCUGCGUUAAGUUUUUCCUCUUCAUUUUUGAUGCCUGAAUUUGCCUUUGCAUCUCUAUGCAUCUGUCUUUUGAGUUAUUUUCUCUCUCUCUGCCAACGGCAAGUUGCCCCUCCAUAUUUAGACCAAUUAACUGUCAAAGUAGAGAAAUGGACGGACAUGCUUGCACGUCAUACUCUGAUCUUUUUAAUGCAUAUUCUGCUGCCAUGCCAGGGCUCCCUGGAAUUUCCAUGUACUGUAUUGUGUAUAUAGUUCUGUAAAUAUUCCUUCUGUAUUCUUGUACGUGUCAUAAAAUGCUAAUAAUGUGCACAGCAGCUAUUUUUAACUAACUCCUUAAUGAGUUGACUGACUAAUUGAUGUGCCAUGACAUCUUCCAAUCAUCUGCCUUAAUGCAGCUCUUGAAAGCAGUGCUUUGGUAUGAAAACACUCAUUUCUGCUGGAUACAGAAAUUACAUGGCCUCCAAACACACGGACCAACAUGGAUCUGCAUAAGGUCACUUCAGAUGUACAUGCUACAGAUGAUUUUGAUCCGCAAUGCAUGCAUUUUUCCUAGUUACUUGUGCUUUCAUACUAACCUAUUUUCAUACUAAACCUUUUGUCUGGUAUUACACAAUCAUAUAAUAUGUAAAGAAGACUGACAAGCCUUCCAGCAAUUUGAAUUUAAGGAAUGUGAGCUGAAAUUACAUAUUAAUGAGUUGUAUUCUCUGUACAUGAGAAAUCUACAACUGACUCCCAAAAGCACACAACAUGAUUUGUAUCUACAGAACCUUUCCUAGGUACAGUUUAACCCUGAGAAUAAACUAAUCAUUUAAACAAACUGAAUAAAGAAAAAAGGGUAGACAAUGGACACUAUAAGGGCACAUGUGAAAAUUUUAGUUAACAGAGGAGCUGGAAAGGAACCCAAGGAGCCUUUGGCACAGUGUAAGCUUUCUGAUAAAUCGGCCUUCCCAUUAUCUAAACAAUACAGUUUCUGUCUCUCAUCACUUAGAUCAGAGGAAGUAGUUUUAAAUGGGGCCCAUCAUUUGACAUUACUUUCACUUUAAGUGCCCUACCAUGCGUUUGUCCUUGGCUGUUACUCAAUUGUAUGAGCUGAUUUCAGACGUUCAGAGGCCCGGAUGCCUCUGCCACACAGAUCUGUGACUGUGCAGUCUUGAAGUAUUUAGAAGAAGUGCUGACUGUAUUGGACUGAGUCUUGAACAAUACUUCUGUGUUGUCCCUAUUGAAAACAGUUGGUUAAUUGCAUUCUCACAAAAGCAUUAGUGUGGGACUGAAGUGAUCUUUUGCCAAGGAUUUGCCUUUGGGUGACCUGAAGAGAAGUUUUCAUGCAAAUUGAAUAUGCACCUGAAGUACAUUGACAGUCUUUCCCAGGACUGGUAUUGAAGACAGUACAGAAUAACCUUCUAUCUUCACAGUGGAUGCAGUAGUUGGAUGCAGUAGUUAUGCACAUUCAAGAUGUUUUUAUAUAUAUAUAUAUAUAUGUAAGAAAUCAGAUUGUUGAAGUUACAGACAGAAGUCAAUCAGUUUUAUGCUGAAGUAACGGCAAAUAUUGGGUUUUGUUUGUCGAUUGGGGAAAAUGUAUUUAUUAUUUGCUUUGCUCUUUAGGUUUGGAUCAUUUCAAUGUAUUUUGUUUUCUCAUUUUGUAAUUCAAGUUUUGUCAUAUGUCUCACAUUAAAUGUUGUACAGAACAUUUUGUUAAUUCUCCUUAAUGCUGCACAAAACUUAAUAUGGCUGGUGAUAAUAGCAAAACUUGUCUAGCCCACAGCCAGUUUUGUUUACUAAAUACUAUAACAGAACUCCUAGUUUUCCUCUGCAAUUAUACAUUAAAGGAUUUGUUUCAAUAUUUAUUUAGCCAAUGAUCUUACAAACAGAAAUAAAUGCAGGUAAAGGAAUAUUUUCUGGUUCAAUACGUUAAAAUUUAAUUAAAAUUAAUUUAGACUCGCCCCUCCUUUUCUUUAAAGAAAGCAAAAAAUGGGUUUCUGAGGCACUUACAAUGAAAGUGAAUGGGGGCCAAUUUGUAAACUUGAAAAUAUUCACAGUUUCAAAAGUAUAGCCACAAGACAUAAACAAUAUGCUUGUUAACAUGAUUUUAGUGUGAUAAAAUCACUUGCUAACCUUUUCUGUGCAUCCAAUUUUAGAACUUUGUUGCUACGACAACGCAACACCAUAAACCCAGAAUACCUAAAAUGUUGAUUUAAACAACUUUACAGCUUAAAUAAUGCACAAGUUUUAACAGAAGAAUUAAUGUAAGUGGUUUUAUAAAAUUAUAAGCUUCACAAUUCUGCCUUUUAAACACUUCACAAUUGGCCUCAUUAAAUUCCGUUGUAAGUGCAUCAAUGUAACCUAGAUUUGUGCUUUUUUUAAUGAAAAGGAUGGAUGUAUAUACAUUCUGAGAUGAUAUUCUUCUCACCACAAUUGUACAGAUCAGUUAUCAGAGUUACUGUAAGUUCGAACCAGUCUGGCCAUUCUCUGCUGACCUCUCUCAUCAACGAGGCUUUUCCAUCUGCAGAACUGCCACUCACUGGAUGUUUUUUGUUUUUGGCACCAUUCAGAGUAAAUUCUAGAGACUGUUGUGCGUGAAAAUCCCAGGAGAUCAGCAGUUACAGAAAUACUCAAACCAGCCCGUCUGGCACCAACAAUCAUCCAUGCAAUUAUCUAAUCAGACAAUCAUGUGGCAGCAGUGCAUAAAAUCAUGCAGAUAUGGGUCAGCAGCUUCAGUUAAUGUUCACAUCAACCAUCAGAAUGGGGAAAUAAUUUGAUCUCAGUGAUUUGAACUGUGGCAUGAUUGUUGGUGCCAGACGGUCUCUAGAAUUUACUCCGAAUGGUGCCAAAAACAAAAAACAUCCAGUGAGGGGCAGUUCUGUGGAUGGAAACGCCUUGUUGAUGAGAGAGGUCAACAGAGAAUGGCCAGACUGGUUCAAACUGAUAAAGUCUACGGUAACUCAGAUUAUUUUUAAUUUUUUGUGUGUGGUGAUGAACAUUGUGCCACAAAUGCUGUCAGUUGAGCUUAACUUUUAUUGAACCCAGAAGAUUCCUUUAACUCUUCUGCCUUUUUUUUUUUCUACACUGUCACUAAACCUGAACUCAUUAAGUAAUGGAUGAUCAUUAGUUACUGUCAGAGAUUGCAUAUUCACAUUUAACUCUGUAGACUUUUGUGUGAAGUUUCUGCAUUGUCAGAUAUUUAAUAAAAUGUUUUUUUUUUUUUUUUAUUAACAGUACCCAAAUUAACAACUUAACAUUACAAUAUAAUUUGUUUGAAUUGCAAGAUUACAGUAGAGUUUCCCCUCUUUGUUGAAUGUUCUGUAGUGAUGAAAACAUCACUUUUAUAAAAAUGGCCUAAAAAUGCACAAUUGUAAUUCUCUUAAACCAAGUGACAUUUUGUGGUGUCUUUUAUGUGCUUGGUAAAACACCUGUUUUAAUGCUUAUUAAGACCUUUUUUUUUAAAUGAAAUUGAUUUGAUUGUUAUUUUCUUAAGAAACACACAGUUACCUUUGUCAUCUCUCAGCUGGCUAAGUUGACUUGUGGGGUAAUUUUUUGGAGGGGUGGAAAUCCAAGCACACCGGUGUAGUCAAUUGGUGUUUUUUUUUUUUGUUUUUUUUCAUCCUUCACAAUUCAGGUCUCACUCUCAUUCCUUUUUGUGUGGUAUCUGUUCGCUGCCCUGUGACCAAAACACAAAUCAGUGUCUGUUUUUAUGAGUUACAAAUUAUUAUAGGUCUUGCUGGGAUUCUACUCCUGUUAAACCGCACUAAACGUCUUUACUCACACAGUAUGUUGUCUUAAACAAUAAUCCCAAAAGUGAUGCUGUUGAUCUUAGACCAACAUUCUUCAUACGCUUUAGUCCCUGUAGGGCUUUGUCCAGUGUUUUGAAACUUUAUUGAGCAGAUUUGUGUAAAGUAACUACAGUGAAACCGAUACUUGCACUACAGAUACAUCAGUUGUGCACUGUGCACACAGGAUCAAAUGCUGACAACCCAGACACUAAACAGACAACCAACUUAUUGCAAUAGAAAUUAUUCUGACAACAUAUUUAAUUCACAUACGUGAUUGUAUUUAUUAAGAAAUGUCUUGUUUUUCUUCUUUUUUUACCUUGUGGGCCUGAAUGAAUUUUUAAAUUCUCUAUGUAUAUGUAGAUGAUUGUAUUGUAUAAUCUGUCAGAAAGUAAUUUCUGUAAUCUAAGUAGUAUGCAUUUUAUUUUGGAUGGAAGGGAAGCUCUUGACAGUAUAAAAAUGUUUGUUUUUUAUGUG